UAAUCUUAAGUGAAAGUUUAAAGUUCUUUGCAAAAAUGGCGGGAGUUGAUGGCUGGGGAAUGACAGACAAAGGGUUAAGAAAGGGUCCAUGGACAGCUGAAGAAGAUAGGUUGCUUAAUGAGUAUGUUAGUAUGCACGGUGAAGGAAGAUGGAGUUGUGUUGCUAAGUGUGCAGGGUUGAAUAGGAGCGGAAAGAGCUGCAGGUUAAGGUGGGUGAAUUACCUUAAACCUGGGCUGAAGAAAGGGCAAUUGACACCACAAGAGCAGAGUAUCAUCACAGAGUUGCAUUCCUUGUGGGGCAAUAAAUGGUCUAUGAUUGCCCGAUGUCUACCGGGAAGAACUGAUAACGAGAUCAAAAAUUACUGGAGAACUCAUUUUAAGAUCACUAAGCCUAAUAGGCGGAGACAAGACAAGCCCAGAACUAGUGCUUUGAGACGACAGCAAUUUCGCAGACAACAACAGCAGCAGCAACAAGAUCAACAGGAAGCUAAACAGAAACAAGUAGAGGAGACCGUGACUUCGGCACAAGUGGAUAAUAAGCAAGCUAUGGAGUUAUUAAUGUGCACAAAUUUAGAGGACGAACAAUGCCGCCCUGUGAUGUUUCAAGAUGACCAUGAAAACAUCAGGCCUAGUGAUUUCAUAGACGAUGUGGAGGAGGGAGCUUAUUGGGGAGGUUUGUGGAACAUGGAUGAUGUUCAUAUAGAUCAUGCAUAAUGUGGCACCAUUAACGAAAAACGAGUCAUACGAAAUUAAGUUAAGAUAUAUAUAUAUAUUAGAAAGGGAAUUACCCUCUAGAACAAGGUAUU